AUGGACAAGAAGUUCAACAAGGCCUUCUCAAGCGUAUCACUGCCGUACUCUCACGUUGACGAGCCCCGGUUCCGGCAACCUAUCUUCGGCACCAACUACCUCGAAGGCAGCAUCCGACCGGACACCACGGCGCCGUUUCCCUUGAUAAAGGCGGGAAAAUUCUACCUCUACUUUGAUGGCGGCUGCGGGAACUUUUUGCAGGGGUUCUUCAUGUACUACGCCCGGGUGCGCAAUAACCCCGGGUACAUGGUGAAUGCGCACCCAAUGAUGGAUGCCCCUGAGGCGCGGAGCGCCUUCGUAGACCCGAACGACCCAACACACGUCUACCUGAGUCAGCCAGAAGAGAUUCCAGCUGCAACUCCUCCUUCCGUCCCGUAUGCGGCUCCAAGUGGACCUACACCUUCAGCUCCUCCUCUAGCUCCUGUUGCCGCCGCGGCCGCAGCUGCAACCUCCCGAGCUGAAAAUGCUGCUACUGCUACUCAAGCGGAUAACUCUACUCCGGCUGAAACCCCCGCUCAAGGCGAAAACUCCGCCCAGGGCGAGACUCCCGCGGAAGGCGCAGCACCUGACCCAGCCGCGGAAAAUAGGAGACUUCGUCGGGAACGAGGAGCGAACAUCAUAUCCGAAAUAUUCGCUACGGGCAUCCCGAUACUGUUUUAA